AUGGGAAGCCCAGUUGAGAGCAAGGACGUAGAGGAGCCUGCUAAAUGUGGCUUUUUCUACGGAACCUUAAUGGCCCCUGAGGUCUUCUUCACAGUCUGCUAUGACACUAAGAAUGUGCCGGAAGAGGUGAAGAAGCGCCAUAACUUUCACGAGGCCAUUCUACAUGGCUAUUGCCGUCGUCGGGUCCGCAACGCCGACUACCCUGGCAUUACUGAAGAUAAAGAGCACACAGUGCGCGGGAUCUAUGUCACAGGACUUAGUGCACACAACAUGGCCAGGCUUGACUUUUUUGAGGGAUCAGAAUAUGAGCGUCGAACGGUUACCGUGAGGCUCCUCGAGAAGAUCGACAAGGGUGACGGCACAUUUGAACUCGUCGAGGGUGAGGAGAGGACUGCUGAGGUUUAUGUCUUCUUGCCCACAGGAGGUCUCGAGGGCGAUGAGUGGGAUUACGAGCAGUUUCGUCGUGAAAAGAUGGCAUACUGGACUCGGGCUGGUUACGGUUUUGACUGA